UGGUGACAAAAAACAACAACUUUGAUGUGCGUGUGUGACAUGUAUUAUGACUCGACAAACAUCACCCUUCAUUACUAUUCAAAGCGGCGUCUUCUCUAUUUGCUCUGACACCUAAAAAAGACGAAACCGCAAUUGCAGUCAUAAUAAUGAGUUUUGAUUGACAGCACAUCCUGUUUUUGCCCGGCGCGCGUUCACGAGGCGACACAAUUUGCGUGCGCGUGUACGUAUGACUUGUGGCAGUCGCGGCGUGAACGUCCCAACUGCUGCUCGCACAUUUGUUGUACACCGAAAGAAGGAAGGUCUCCUCCCCCGGUGCUGCUGCGGGCGGAGGUGGUGGUGUUGGGCUCCCUUUCUUUUGUGAGGGCCCUCCAAAGUUUGCAAGUAAAGUUGGUGUCCCCAGCUGGCUGGCUAGGUAGCUGGCUAGGUGGCUAUCUGGAGCUAACUAGCCGGAGCAGCUGUGAACUCACCGACCGCCCCCCUACCCCCCCCCCCCCCCCCCCCCCCCUUGCAUGGGACAGCCACAACGCCGCUGACGAACCGGAGCUCCCCCGGUGACUAUAACCGCGGGGAGGUGAGCCGUUAAAAGCGGCACGUAUCCACCCGUCUGGUUUGUAUUUUGGCUCAAUAGCUCGCUACAUGCUCGGUCCGAUGUCACGGUGUCGCGUGCCGACACCGCCAGUGGUUCCUCCGCCGUCGCCCCGCGUUCACGCCUCCGCUCCGAGCACCCGGCGGCGGAUGAUCGAGAAGCAGCACCCCGCGGGGAUGUACCAAAGCAGGAAAUUGGACUAAAUCCGAACCAGGAGGAUUUUUGGAACCGUGUGUGUGUGUGUGUGUGAGCGAGCAGAGGGAGAGAGAGAGAGAGUGUGUGUGUGUUUGUGUGCGCGCGCGCGCGCGCGCGCCCAUGGCGGAGUUCGAGGAGGACGGGGCCAGCCUGCUGGAUCACGCGGCGGCCGAGGUGGGCGUGCAGGCGGCGGUGAAGACGCCCGGCGAGGGCUCGGUGUCGAACGGCGACUGUGGAAUGUGUGAAGACAACAUGGUCGGCCAAGGUGGCGGCGGCGGCGGCGGCAGGGGCGUGGAAGCCUUCGUCGAGCCCGACAACAAGGCGGACAUGCCCCGUAGGAGCAGCAUCAUCAAGGAUUCCUCAAGACAACGUAAGGAGAGGAAGAAGACUGUGUCAUUCAGCAGCAUGCCCACCGAGAAGAAGAUGAGCAGCGCCAGCGACUGCAUCACCGCCAUGGUGGAUGGCUCAGAGUUGAAAAAGGUGCGUUCCAACUCGCGCAUCUACCACCGUUAUUUCCUGCUGGAUGCUGACAUGCAGUCCCUGCGGUGGGAGCCCUCCAAGAAGGAGUCUGAUAAGGCCAAGAUCGACAUCAAGUCCAUCAAGGAGGUUCGCACGGGGAAGAACACGGAUACUUUUAGAACCAACGGAACCUACGACCAGAUCUCAGAGGACUGUGCGUUCUCCAUCAUAUUUGGGGAGAACUAUGAGUCCUUGGACUUGGUGGCCAACACUGCAGAUGUAGCCAACACCUGGAUUACGGGCCUAAGGUACCUGAUCUCCGACGGGAAACAUACGCUGAACAUGAUAGAGAGCAGUCAGAAUAACAUGCGAUCGUCCUGGCUCGGUGAACUUUUUAGCGAAGCGGAUGGUAACAACAGUCAACAGAUAACAAUAUGCGCUGCUGUGCAGCUGGUCAAAAAGUUGAACCCAGGACUUAAAAAUGUGAAAAUCGAGCUGAAGUUCAAGGAGCUUCACAAAGUAAAAGACAAGGUCGGCUCUCAGGUGACGAGAGACGAAUUCAUAGAGGUCUUUCAUGACCUCUGCACAAGGCCAGAAAUCUAUUUUCUCUUCGUACAGUUCUCCAGCAACAAGGAGUUUCUGGACACGAAGGACUUAAUGAUAUUCCUGGAGGCCGAGCAGGGCAUGGCACAAGUCAGUGAGGACACCAGCGUCGAGGUCAUCCAGAAAUACGAGCCGUCCAAGGAGGGUCGGCUCAGAGGCUGGCUCUCUCUGGACGGAUUCACCAACUAUCUUCUGUCUCCAGAGUGCCACAUAUUUGACCCCGAGCACAAAACCGUGUGCCAAGACAUGAACCAGCCGUUGUCACACUACUACAUCAAUGCGUCUCACAACACGUACCUUAUAGAAGAUCAGUUCAGGGGUCCUUCUGACGUGACUGGGUACAUCCGUGCCCUGAAGAUGGGCUGUCGCAGUGUCGAGCUGGACGUUUGGGACGGACCUGAUAAUGAACCUGUGAUUUACACCGGUCACACCAUGACCUCGCAGAUUGUCUUUCGCAGCGCCAUUGACGUGGUCAACAAGUAUGCCUUUGUCGCGUCUGAGUUCCCACUCAUCUUGUGUUUGGAGAACCACUGCUCGUUGAAGCAACAGAAGGUCAUGUUUCAGCACCUCAAGAAGAUCCUGGGAGAUAAACUCAGCCUGGAUCCCCCUAAAUCUGAUGACUGCUACCUCCCAUCCCCCUCAGAUCUGAAGGGAAAGAUCCUGCUGAAGGGUAAGAAACUCGGCACCAACUGCACUGCCUCUGAGGGGGAGGUGACAGAUGAGGAUGAGGGGGCGGAGAUGUCGCAGAGAAUGAGCAUCGACUCGCCCGAACAACAGACGGUCGCGCCCAAGAAGUUCCAGCUGUCGAAGGACCUUUCUGAUCUGGUCACGUUGUGCAAGUCCGUGGAGUUCAAGGAUUUCCCAACAUCAUUCCAGGGCCAGAAGCAUUGGGAGCUCUGCUCGUUCAACGAGGUGUUCGCCGGCCGCUGCGCAAGCGACUUUCCUGGAGAGUUUGUUAACUACAACAAGAAGUUCCUGGCACGGGUCUACCCCAGUCCCAUGCGCAUCGACUCCAGCAACAUGAACCCGCAGGACUUCUGGAAGUGCGGUUGCCAGAUCGUGGCGAUGAACUACCAAACUCCCGGUCUUAUGAUGGACUUGAACAUCGGGUGGUUCCGGCAGAAUGGGAACUGCGGUUACGUCCUGCGGCCGGCAAUUAUGCGUGAGCAGGUGUCGUAUUUCAGUGCCAACACAAAAGAUUCAGUGCCUGGUGUCUCUCCACAACUCUUGCACAUUAAGAUCAUCAGUGGACAGAACUUCCCCAAGCCCAAAGGCUCAGGUGCCAAAGGGGACGUGGUCGAUCCUUACGUGUACGUGGAAAUUCACGGCAUUCCUGCCGACUGUGCCGAGCAAAGGACUAAGACGGUCAAUCAGAACGGGGACAAUCCGCUGUUUGACGAGAGCUUUGAGUUCCAAAUCAACCUGCCCGAGCUCGCCAUGGUGCGCUUUGUGGUGCUGGACGAUGACUACAUCGGGGACGAGUUCAUCGGCCAGUACACCAUUCCCUUCGAGUGCCUGCAGCCGGGUUUUCGCCACAUUCCGCUGCAGUCACUCACUGGCGAGGUCCUGCCGCACACCCUGCUCUUCGUCCAUGUGGCCAUCACCAACCGGAGGGGCGGUGGCAAGCCCCACAAGAGAGGCCUGUCUGUGCGCAAGGGCAAAAGGAGCAGGGAGUAUGCCAGCAUGAGGGUGCUGCUCAUCAAGGCCCUGGACGACGUCUUUAAGACGGCUACGCUGCCGCUGAGGGAGGCCACGGACCUCAGAGAAAACAUGCAGAAUGCCAUCGUGCCCUUUAAAGAGCUGUGUGGCCUUUCGGCCGUGGCCAACCUCAAGCAGUGCAUCCUGGCCCUCUCCCCUCGACUUAGCGCACCGGACAGCGGCCCGCUCCUGCUCUUCAACCUUGCUGACCACUAUCCCAUCAUGGAGCCCCAAGGUCUGCUUCCCGAGGUCCUCAAAAAGGUGGUCACCACCUACGACUUGGUGAUCCAGACCAGCAAGACUCUCUUGGAGAACUCUGACGGAGUCUACGAGCGGAUCCUACAAACCCAAAAAGCCGCAAUGCAGUUCCACCAGAACCUUCAUGACCUGGCGGUGAAGGAAGGUCUCAAGGGCCGCAAGCUUCACAAGGUGGUGGAGAGCUUUACAUGGAACAUUACCAUUCUCAAGGGCCAGGCCGACCUCCUGAAGCACGCCCGCAGUGAAGUGCAGGAGAACCUGAAGCAGAUCCAUUACGCUGCGUUGACGUGCGACCUCAGCAAAGGCAGACCGACAGGCGGCUCGUCCGACUCCAGAAGUAGCCGACGGAGCCUGGAGGCCAUUCCCGAGAAGGCCACAGCCGAGGCGGAGCUCACAGACGACAACGACGACGACGACGACAACUGAUGACCUUCUCACAUUCCCCCAAAGACUUUGUCCUACCAGAUGUCGCUUAGUGGUUUUCAGGUAUUUCUACUGAGUAAAAAACACUUAAAUCCUGUAUGAAAGCUGGUAGUCCUCACCUGGAGAACAUCGGGUAUGUACAGUGGUACCUUGAAGUUUGACCACUAGCCUAAUUUAAAAAAAUCCAAAUCAAACUCUGAGGCUAGCACAAGAAUGCAAAACGAUCCAAAUCAGAGUUAUUCUUUCACAAAAAAAGUUUACAGCAAUGGCGACAAAUGGGGAGGCAACCGGCUAAAACAAAAGUGUAACAGCGCUAAACAUCAAGCAACACUCGUGACUGCUUUUGUGGGGUGAAUAUCCUGAAAAGGGAAAGAAAAAAAAAAAAAAAGAAAUGUCGAAAUUAAUUAUUUCAUCUUAAAAGGCUGAAGUUUCAUGGAAUUUCGGGAAGUCUCUUAGAAUUAUAGAAAAAGCUUUACAGGAUUUACCUGUAACACUUUUACUCAAAUCUCACAUGAUUUUGUGAAAGUUUAGCGGAAACCUCACAAAAGUUUAGCAAAAGUCUCACGUGAUUUGCCUCAAAGUACAUUAGCAUAAAUGUCAUUUUGCUCAAGUCACACAAUUUAGUGGAAGUCUCGCAUAAUUUAACAGAAGCGUUGCAGUAUUUUGUUGAAGUCUUCCAACAUUUGAGCAUCGGUUUCACGUGAUUUAGUAGAAGUCUCGUGUGAUUUGCCUCACAGUAUGUAAACGAUAAUCUAACAGGGAUUUUGCUCAAGUCUCACGUGAGUUAGCGAAAGCCUCGCAGAAUUUUAACAGAAGCCUCCCGUGAUUUAGCAAGUCUUACAGGAUUUGAGCAGAAGUCUCCCACGAUUAGCCUCUCGAUACUUAGGCGGAGAUUUUGCCGACUUUUUGCUCAAGUCUCUCGGGGUUAGGUGGAGGUCUCGUGCUUUUAACAGAAACCUUGUAUGAUUUGCCUCACAGUACUUUAGCAGAAAUCUUGCAGGGUUUUUGCUGGAGUCUCAUGUGAUUUAGUGGAAGUCUGGUGUCAUUUUAUCUCAAGUCUUGUGGAAACCCUUCUGAGAUUUAGCCCUCACAUAACUUAAUGUUCGAUGACUGUUCAAAUGCCGAAACUUCUUUUUAUUGUUGGACCAAAAAAAUGACUUGACAAUUCUGGAGUACCUCAUAAAUUGUACGACUUAUGGGGUCUUUGGAACUUCAAGGUAGCACUGUACCCAAUGAUCGUAGACCAUUCCACUGCCUAAACUCCCCCCGUUUCGCCCACAAAAGACUCGCUAAGUUUGUGGAUUUUUUUGCAUCGGUGCCUGGUGAAGUACUUUCUCUUUGGACUGGAGACACACACACACACACACACACACACACGAGCCUUUUGGGUAUUCCGAGAUGUUCCUUAAAGCACAAUAGUGAAUGUAAAAGACGUUUACUUUCCCGAGCUUGUUGCGUGCCAAACAAACCUGAUGUGUAUAUAUGGAGAUACCUGUUACAUUUUUUUCCAUUUCCUUUUUAUUACUGAACACUUGGGUUGAAAAAAACCCAAAACAUUUUGUACAAAAAAAAAAAAAAUUAAAAAAAAAAUAUAUAUAUAUAUAUACAUACACACACACACACACACACACACAUGUAUAUGACUAUGUGUGACAGGAAGGACUUCUAACAAAACCGCAAGUGCAUGAGCAGAACCACCAGUGGACAUGUUUUCAUACCUGCAUUAGGUUAUUUAAAUUAAUAACCCAUCUCUGACAAAAAAAAUAAAAACAGUUGUCAACAAUG